AUGGCGAAUGCGGCCUCCUCCGCGUCGUCGCCGGGGGCCGGGCCCUCCUCCUCCACCUCCACCUCCUCGCCGCAUGCCAGCGGAGGCGGGGACGCGCACACGCCACGGCAGCGGCAGGGCCGGCCCGUGCGCGCCGGCUCCGACCCGCUCCUCAUCGUCUGCGGCUGCUUCAGCGUCGUCACGGCCGCCACCGCGCUGCUCUGCGUCGCCGUCAACGUCGUCUCCGCCGUCCAGUCCUUCCGCGCCGGCUCCGACAUAUUCGGGGGCAUAUUCCGGUGCUACGCCGUCGUCUUCUCGCUCUUCGUCGCCGUCCUCGAGACCGAGUGGGGGUUCAUCAUCCGCUUCUGGAAGAUAUUUGAAUACUGGCCUGCACGGGGAAUGCUCCAGAUCUUUGUUGCUGUCAUGACGAAGGCAUACCCAAGUAUUGAAAGGAAUGAUCUGAUUUUGCUCCAGGAGAUUGCUAGCUACAUGCUUCUUGCAUGUGGAGCUGUCUAUGUGAUCUCGGGGAUAUUGUGCAUUGGUGUCCUAAAACGUUCUAGGCAGCAGAAAGCGACAUCACGGGAUCAAGCAGUCAAGGAUCUGCAGGAGCUGGAGAAACGGAGAGAAGAACUUGAGGCCUUGUUACUUGCUGAGCGGUCCGAGUUGGUCUGA